AAAUGAUCACACUGUAUUACUCUGAAGUUUCAUCCUCCAUUCGCUUCUUUUUUUUCUUGGUCAUUGUUCUUUGAUACCUUUUCUGCCCCAUGUUCUUCUUUUUAUUUGAUAUCACCCAAAUUAUUAGUCUCACGACAUCUUCUUCUCCUUUCUUUUUUUCUUUCCUUUGCCUAAAUAGCUUUUGGUUUAAUAUACAUGCAUCUUCGAUUCUCUGCUCUUGUCUUUCCUUUUUAUUUUAUGCCACCCCCCUUUUUGCUAUAUCAGAUGGUACUUUGGUGCCUCUCUUCAUGAAUGAUGUUUACGAUUUCAUUUUACCUCAUCACACGGUUAGUAUGCCAUCUUUUUUUUAUCUUUAUUGUACGGCGUUGAGCGAUUCGGUUCUUCUUGGUUUGGGUUUAGAGGCGUUUAGUCGGGGGGUGACGGUCGCUAUCCUAGAUUGCAUUACGUAGCAUUUUAGCGAAAUUGCAUGUUUUUCUUCAAAAACAAGUCUUUGUUG